AUGGGCACGGCGCCUUCCUCGUGUCGCGGAUGUGUAGAGGCGCCAACGCUGCUAACCACACCAUCGGGUAUUCGCCCUGAUGCCUACCGUCCGGCACGCCGCGAGGUGUAUCAGGAUAUGAGCCGGCCACUGAGUCAUUACUAUCUGCUCUCCUCUUCCAACUCCUAUCUGGUCACGGCGACCGCGGCUGCCAAGGGCAAAACCGGGCUGCAGACCAUCGAGGCGGCUCUCCAACUUGGAUGUCGACACCUCGAGCUCACCUGCCACUCUGCCAAGCCAGGCUGGUCUGGUCAGUUGGCUGGCGCCAACGCUGAACCCCUCGUCUAUCACAACGGCUAUAGUCAGCGGCCACUCCCCCUCCGACUCUGCUUAACGACCAUCGCACGCCUCGCCUUCCAGGCCUCGCCCUUUCCCCUCGUGCUCACCCUGGAUGACCACUGCAGUGCCCAGGGCAAGCUAAUACUGGCAGCCGUCCUGCGCGAGUGUCUUGCCGACUUGCUCUUCAUUCCGGGUGCUCAGCAGGGCCAUGAAUUUGCCAGCCCUGCCAGCCUCAAGCGAAAAAUCCUUUUGCUCCACCUCGAUCACAUGCGCGCGCGCCGCGGCUACGACGGCACUCCCCAAGCCCUCCAAGACCUCGUUUAUCUCCACCAAACAGAGUUCCACAGUCUCUUCGCUUCCCGUUACACUACCUAUGCCGCCGCCUCGGUCUUUGACUGGCCCCAGGUUGCCCAGCUCACCCGACACCACCAAUCCACCCUUCAAGAGCAUGCCUACCGCCACGUGGUCCAGUCCAAGCCCUCUGCAACCCUCCUUGGACCAGCCAACCCCAACUGCAUGCGGCUGCUGGAGCAAGGCGUUCAGAUGCCUGGAGCAGAGUGGCAUCAAUGGGACGAGGCAGUUUGGGUGUUGGUCGGCCUAUUCCGCACUGACAACGGGGGCUGCGGCUAUUUGCGCAAGCCCGAUGUGCUCUGCCAACGGGUUGUCCCUAAAAAUGUCUGGCACACCCAAACUCGUAAUCGCCUCGUCCCCACCCCCUCAAACCCCAGCCAAGAACCUGAUGCAGACUGCCUCCCAUCACGAUGCGUCCCAGCAUCAGCACACAUACCCUCAACGCCAGAAGCCGAGGUGCCAUCUUCCUCAGGUCCAUCACGGCCUGCAUCGGGCCCGGACAAAAACGAAGCACCAGUUGGUUCACCCAGCAGCGAAACCAGUGAUGUCGCAGAUAGCGAUCCGCUCCGGUUAACUUGCCGCCUUCGGUCCGUUCGCCUGCAGGCACCGCCCACCUAUCGCCAUGGCGUACAGAUAUCUGUUGCGUUGUUUGAGUUUGGACAGGCUGAGCCUGUCCGCUACACCUCGGCUAUGGCACCUGUUGGUACUUACCGCUUUCAGGACGCCUUUACCUUUGACGUCCGCUACCCUCAGCAUGCGGUUCUGCUUUUUAAAUUGCUGGCUCGACCCGUUCCUGGAUCGGACUUCGACCAAUCACCCGUGGAUGUGGGACCCUCUGGUUUGCCCCCCCGUCAGGGCUCAGCCCCCAUCACACCUAGCCGCUCCCGGGUUGCCACACGAACCCACAGUCGUGGCCGAUCCAUUGCCAUGGCGUUGCUUCGCCCGCUGAAUCGUCACCGACGACGCCACCAAAGCCAAAGCCAGGGCCGACGCCCCUCGGCCCAGGCCCCUUGGUCAGAAGGGGGGAGGGGCCGGCGGGGAAGUGAGCGGCGCGGCUCAACCAUGAGCUACGAGGGCGGCCGUCGGACACACCGCACACGCCGCAUGCGUCAGCGGUCAUCGGCUAUUCAAAGUGCAGAUCGCGCCGAAAACGAGGUACUGGGGCAUUUUGCUUUGGCAGUGAACAACAUGACUGCCGGACCCGUGCUGCUGCCGCUGCUGGACUGGCAAUGUCAAUCCUUGUCAGACUCGUGCCUCGGGGUUGAUUUAACCAUUGAUUCUCAGGCUGCUCACUAUGAUCUGGCAGCGCCGCGAGAGCUAUUGCGUCAACCGCGCCACAGUCUCAUCGUGCCACUGGCAAGCUCUUCACCACCUCGCCUGCUGGAGGAGGCUGACUCAAUGAUGGAGGCAUCAGACGUGGUACCCGCACUCAACAAAAGUGAUCCUCACCACCACGAACGUCCAACGGCUCCCAGCAAGCUGCUGACACCCGUGCUCCCGCCGCGCGGCCUGCCACGGCUGUCUAUCGGUUCCCACCCAACCCUCGCUCGUAGUCAGGAGAACAUCUCACGGCUCCAGCACAGCAGCAUAUCGGAACAAACCACGCCGCGUGUCCAUGUGACUCGACCGGUCCGGCGUCGCGGCCCACAGGUGGGCGACCGCCUGCGCCCUGAAGGAUGGGAUACACCAACAAGCCCGCUCUCGCCGCCUUGGGUGUCUCCUCCCUGGUCCCCCGUCAAUUCGCGGCGGUCUAGCCUCCAAUCGACAACGUCGUCGCCCCGGCGCGUGUUGGUGUCUCCUCGAGGAUCCGAGGCGAAUGUAAGUACCAGCACACCAGGCCUUUCUUCCCCCGUCAAGAGCCCGAGCCAGCUGAGCAAAUCGCUGGUCGUCUCACAUAUCGAGGACAGUGCUGUGGCUACCGCAAAGCUUUCUCAUGCCGACUGGACUUUGCAAUGGCACGAAUACGAGUGCGCACGGGCUGAAGGAGAUCCUGAGACGAGCAGCAUCUGA